AUGGACGAUCCCGCGGCACCACUGUCGAACAACCAACCAGCUCCGAGAACCCCAUCUUCGUCUUCGUCGCAGCUCAAUCCGCCUCCGGCUGUGCCGCGCACCCCUCAGGCUCUGCAAUCCCUAGCGCCAUCUCGGCACAUCGACCGAAUGAUCAACUCCAACCACCACCAAUCUCCGUCGAGGACCAUCUACUCCGAUAGGUUCAUCCCCAGCAGAUCCGGCUCCAACUUCGCCCUCUUCGACAUCUCGAAUACUCCGGCCGAGGGCCGCGAUGACUCCUCUAGCGCUUACGCCACGCUCUUACGCGCCGCCCUCUUCGGCCCCGACGCCGCCGGUGUCGUUCCUCCGGCGACGCCAGAGAAGCGGAACUUGAUUCAGAUGAACCCGCCCAGCCCCAACAUCUUCCGGUUCAAGACCGAGACUCGCCGGUCCAUGCACUCGCUCUCGCCGUUUGGGUUUGAUGAUGUGGUCACUGGGGUUCACCAUAGCCCGGUCAAGGCUCCUAGGAAGGUUCCCAGGUCGCCUUAUAAGGUUUUGGAUGCACCUGCUUUGCAAGACGACUUUUAUUUGAAUCUUGUGGAUUGGUCUUCGCAUAAUGUGCUGGCUGUUGGGUUGGGCAAUUGUGUUUAUUUGUGGAAUGCUUGUAGUAGUAAGGUAACUAAGUUAUGCGACUUGGGGAUUGAUGACAGUGUCUGUUCCGUAGGCUGGGCUCAGCGUGGGACUCAUCUUGCUGUUGGAACUAGCAAUGGGAAAGUCCAAAUUUGGGAUGCAUCUCGUUGUAGGAGGAUAAGAACUAUGGAGGGCCAUCGGCUGCGCAUUGGAGCCUUAGCCUGGAGUUCGUCUAUGUUGUCCUCUGGUAGCCGGGACAAGAGUAUUCUUCAACGUGAUAUUCGUGCUCAAGAAGAUUUUGUUAGCAAACUUUCCGGACACAAGUCAGAGGUUUGUGGACUAAAGUGGUCUUACGAUAACCGUGAGUUGGCAUCAGGCGGGAAUGAUAAUAGGCUUUUUGUUUGGAAUCAACAUUCAACUCAACCGGUGCUGAAAUACUGUGAGCAUACUGCAGCUGUGAAAGCUAUUGCAUGGUCUCCCCAUCUUCAUGGACUUCUUGCAUCUGGGGGAGGAACUGCAGACCGGUGUAUUCGUUUCUGGAAUACAACCACUAACUCACACUUGAGCUGCAUGGACACUGGAAGUCAGGUAUGCAAUCUUGUGUGGUCUAAAAAUGUCAAUGAACUCGUCAGCACCCACGGCUACUCCCAAAAUCAGAUAAUAGUUUGGAGAUAUCCCACCAUGUCCAAGCUGGCAACUCUUACUGGCCAUACAUACAGAGUUCUUUAUCUUGCUAUCUCACCCGAUGGACAGACGAUUGUCACUGGAGCAGGAGAUGAAACACUUAGAUUUUGGAAUGUAUUUCCUUCCCCUAAAUCCCAGAACACAGAAAGUGAAAUUGGAGCAUCAUCACUUGGACGAACUGUGAUCCGGUGA